AUGGGUGAGGCAAACGGGACAUCAUCUGUUGCUGAGGAGUCCCCGAACGCCUCAGCCAGCGGGAACACCUCAGGAGCAGAGCCGCGUCGGGAAAUUCCCAUCGUGCACUGGGUGAUCAUGAGCAUUUCCCCACUGGCCUUUGUUGAGAAUGGAAUUCUCCUCUGGUUCCUCUGCUUCCGGAUGAGAAGAAACCCCUUCACCGUCUGCAUCACCCACUUGUCUAUUGCGGACAUCUCAUUACUCUUUUGCAUCUUUAUUCCGUCUGUCGACUAUGCUUUAGAUUACGAGCUCUCUUCCGGCUGGUACUACACAGUUGUCACAUUGUCGGUGACAUUUCUCUUUGGCUACAACACGGGUCUGUAUCUGCUGACAGCCAUCAGUGUGGAGAGGUGCCUGUCCGUCCUGUACCCCAUCCGGUACCGCUGCCGUCGCCCCAAGCACCAGUCAGCGUUCAUCUGUGCCCUCCUGUGCGCACUUUCCUGCUCAGUGACCACCGUGGAAUACGUCAUGUGCAUUGACGGGGAAGGACAGACUCACUCCCGAAGUGACUGCAGGGCGGUGAUCGUCUUUAUAGCCAUUCUGAGCUUCCUGGGCUUCCCUCCGCUUAUGGUGGUGUCCAGCACCAUCUUGGUAGUGAAGAUUCGGAAGAAGGCGUGGGCACCCCAUUCCUCGAAGCUGUACCUUGUCAUCACGGCCACCAUCGUCGUAUUCUUCAUCUUCGCCGUGCCCAUGAGGCUCCUCUACCUGCUCUGUUAUGAGUAGUGGUCGACGUUCAGGAACUUGCACCACAUUUCUCUUCUCUUCUCUACAAUCAGUAGCAGCGCCAACCCUUUUAUUUACUUCUGUGGCAGCAGCAGGAAGAAGCGGUUCAAGGAGUCCUUAAAAGUGGUUCUGACCAGGGCUUUCCAAGAUGAGAGGCAACGCAGGCGCCCGGAAGACCACACCACCGCCACUGGAGCCGAGACUGUCGUCUGA